AUGGGGCAAUUAUUUGAGACUUGCUUAAACUUUUCAAGAAAUUACUAUAGAUGCUUUUGCAGUAUAGUAGUAGAUAGGCAAGAUUACCGUGAAGUAAUUUUUGCAUUAUUUGCUGAUACUGCCUAUGUGAACGGUGUGGAUUUUGAAGGACGUUUGAGAGGGAGAUACGGAGCUUACUACUUUGUCACCACAUUUUGUGUUAAUCUAUCUCCCCAGACACCUAACUCUCAUUCUUUUAAGGCCAGUUAUGCAGAAGAUCAUAAGGAGCUGUUGUCAUUAAAGUGUGGUGCAAUCUUGUUGAAUAUUUCACUAUUUAUUGGCCUUCUUACGCGUAUAAUGUCUUUGUCUUUAUUUUACCUAAUGUUCCCAAAGUUUGGCAAGACAAACUGGGAACAAAUAGAACCAUUUCAUGCCGGAAAAAAGGUCAGGAUUUGUGGUCCGGUAGAAUCAAAUUGUCGUCUCCCACAAGGAAAUUUUGUCCCCUAA